UACCAUCGAGUUUUAAACGGAGGCGGCAAACGUGUGCUACGUGCAACUCUUUUUUGUCGGAGAAAACAAAAUAAAGCUUGGAUUAUAAAGAUUAAAAAAAACACUUCAAAAUGCCAGCCAAGAGAAAAGGACAACCAACACCCAAAGUCAAUGGCACCACAGAAGAGGUGGUUCCCAAGAAAGUCAAAGUGUCCCACUGGUCACAUCAGAGCGAGCCAGGUGUGGUGCUUGCCUUUGGCCAGGGUGACGUUGGACAGCUAGGUCUUGGUGAAGACAUCAUGGAAAGAAAGAAACCCACUUUGGUCAAUCUGGAUGGAGCUAAGAGGGUUGUGGAUGUUGUUGCAGGAGGGAUGCAUACUGUUUGCAUUACACAAGACGGAGAGGUGUAUACGUUUGGUUGCAACGAUGAGGGUGCCCUAGGACGCGACACCAGUGAAGACGGUUCAGAGUUCUCAUCGGGGAAGGUUUUACUCGAUGCAAAGAUCGUCCAGGCAACGGCGGGCGAUUCACACACAGCUGCUCUGACAGAAGACGGCAAAGUUUAUGCAUGGGGUACAUUUAGGGAUGGUACUGGUCCGAUUGGCUUGACUGUUGAUGGUUUGAAGAAGACACCAUACUUGAUUCCUCUGGAUGAGACAUUCGUUCAGAUAGCAUCCGGGAACGAUCAUCUAUGUCUACUGACCAACAGUGGUGAGAUCUAUACCAUGGGUUGCGGUGAGCAGGGUCAGCUAGGGAGGAUAGCAGAGUGCUUCUCAAUACGUGGUGGAAGGAAGGGCGUCAGUAUUCUACUAGAGCCAUCUGUUGUUAUCUGUAAGAGAGUACGAGGUAAAGGCAAGGUGUUGUUUGACGGUGUCUGGUGUUCCAAUUACUGCACAUUCGCUAGAGUGAAAGGAGGAGGUGGUAUCUACGGAUGGGGUCUCAACAAUUACCAUCAUUUAGGUCUAGAAGACAUCAAGUCUUGGUUCACCCCUCAACCCAUCCCGUCUUUCAAUGAUAUCAAAGUGGAAUCAAUAUCAGGUGGACAGCAUCACACCAUUCUCUUAGACAAAGAAGGUCACAUGUACGCCAAUGGCAGGACUAAUUAUGGCCGGCUCGGACUGGGAGAGGACUGCGAGGAAUCUCACAUACCAGCUCUUCUUUCAUCGGUCAAGACUGAGAAGUUUACAAAUAUCGGAUGCGGUGCUAGCGUUAGCUUAGGGUGUACAGAUUCAGGUGAUGUAUAUGCCUGGGGCAUGGCAAGCAAUCUUCAGCUCGGCAAUGGAGACGAAGAUGAAGACCUUCACGUUCCGACCAAGAUCACCAGUAAACAAUUAGAAGUCAAAAAAGGCAUCAAGGUCGCCGCCGGAGGACAGCACACGGUCAUUUUAGCCGUUGAAAAGUAGCAUUAGUCUUUAGAGAGUAAGAAUGAUAUUAAUGUAUCGUUACUAGGGUGAUAAAACCUUGUUCUUUUACAAAUCUUGAGCAUUCAGACAUGCAUGUAGCUUCACCAGAGAGCAAUGCUUCAAGCAACUUACACAAAGCCAGGUGGUUAAAUAUUAGGAAAACAGCCUGUUGAAAAACCAGUGUUAUAAA